CGAUUAUACGCGGUUAUUGAUGUGUUUACCGAACAUUACAUAUUCAUAGAUACCUGUGUGUUACGAAUUUCAUUGAACAGUUUUCCUCUCAAGAUGGUGCUAUCAAUGGAAAGAUGGAGUGGCAAAGUGGCUAUUGUUACAGGAGCUAGUGCUGGUAUCGGCGCUGCUAUUGCGAAACAACUCGUAGAAAAUGGUCUCAUUGUAAUUGGUGCUGCUAGAAGAGCCAACUUAGUAGACGAAAUCGCCAAAACUUUAGAAGGAAAAAACGGAAAACUUCACAGCUACAAACUCGACUUGUCCAAUGAGCAGGAAAUUAAAGAUCUCUUCAAAUGGACUACAGAAAAUUUCGGUCCUGUACACAUCCUGAUCAACAACGCAGGUAUCCACGUUAGAAACGACUUUAUCGACGAAGACAUUCCCGCUUGGAGGAAAACUCUUGAGGUCAACGUGCUAGGACUGAGCAUUGCUACUACUUUAGCUAUCAAAAUUAUGAAAGAAAACGGCAUUAACGGUCAUAUCAUUAAUAUUAACAGCAUAACCGGUCACUCGGUGCCCCAGAUACCCUUCCACAAUAUGUACCCAGCUUCUAAACACGCUGUAACAGCUUUAACCGAAACCUUCCGGCAAGAUAUCAACAAAUUAAACUUGAAAAUUAAAAUCACCAGCAUCAGUCCCGGUGCUGUUGACACACCUAUAUUUGAUGAAAAUAUUAGAGGAACCCCCGGUUUCAAAAAGCUGAUAGGGGAUAAAUUAUUGAAGCCCGAGGAUAUUGCGGAUGGGGUUGUUUACGCUUUGUCCACCCCUUUACACGUCCAGGUUCACGAGCUAACUAUAAAACCGAUAAAUGAAAAAUUAUGAUCCCGCAAAAAUUGUGUUUAAUUGACAUGAAAUUGCAAGAAAAUUGUAACUGGUGUAUCAUUAAUUUACAUAUACUUGUUAAAUAAAGAAGUUAAUUUAUA